GCAGAACGUCAAGACUUCAGAUUGAUGUCGGUAUCGCCAAAAAACAUUCCUCACUUCCUUUCAAGGAUGAUUCAUAAUGUCUAAAUCGAUAACCUAUAAACACUACCUGCGAGCUCUUUCGCGCUGGCCAAAAGACAAUCUGCGCCCCGAAUGCCAAUUUCAAGAUGUCAUGCAACGACGAAUAGACCAACGAUUCCUCCCUGCAUCCUCUCCAAACACUCCCGAUGCCGCGCAAGCAGUUGCAAAUAGUGCUAUAGAUGAGAAGGUAGAAUGUGGUCAAGUCAAUGCCAUAUAUUCUCUAUUAGAGAACCGGUACAGUCGGAAGUAUCCAAUUACUGGCUCUCUGAUGAAGCCGGUGAGCAACCCGACACAUUAUACAGACUUGGUGAAGGAGUUAGAGGAGGCACCUGAGAGGAGUUGGUUUAGCCAACAGAUGAACAAAUGGAAGGGCUUCUUACGAUUUCAAUGAGACUUGUACAUUAUGUACCCAUAAAGGCGUUUGGCGCUUUGAUGUAAAGCAGAACCUCGAUUCUAUAUUCAACC